CAUUUGAUUAGAAGAUAAUUCUGAACAAUUUCCAAUUUGUUGUCCUUGAUCUUUUAUUUUACUUACCUUGAUAAGUAAAAUGGCCUUAGUGUUUGAUUGCAUUCAGAGGGAGUUAAAAGAUAUUUAUUUUGAGCGAGAGGCAACAGUCUUCGUGGUUACAUAUUCCAAUCUGUUUACAUUCAAAUCCAGUUAUUUUGAUCGUCGUACAAAAGCUGAUAUUUCUGUAGCUUAAAAAUGAGCAUUAAUAAAUUAGGAAAGUCAAAUUUUCCUAUCUACAUUGUUGAUGCUUUUACGAAAAGUCCAUUUCAUGGAAAUCCAGCAGCAAUCUGCUUAGUACCGUUUGAUUAUAAUCUUUUAGCUGACUAUUGUUUAAAAGCACACAUAUAUUAUCCAAUAUCUCCAUAAUUUGAAUAUUCUGUUAUAUUGCAUGGAUAUUGAAAGAAUAUUGCAGAUCAUCAUUUUUUAUCUAGGUUAUAAUUUAUUAGUAUGCUGGGAAUGAUUUGAAACAGAAAAUUGCAGCUGAAAUGAAUCUUUCAGAAACUGCCUUUUUAAAAAUCAUAAACAAAACUGAUAGCUUUCAAAGUGGUAAAUGUUUUUCUUUAAGUUGGUUCACUCCAUCUUCUGAAGUCCGUUUGUGUGGCCAUGCUACACUGGCCACUGCUGCUGUUUUGUUUAAGGAGUGUAAUAAUGAAAACCAGAUUAUUGAAUUUGAGACUCUCAGUGGAAUUUUGAAGGCUGAAAGAGUGCAAAAUAACAGAAUACAGCUUAAUUUACCUGCUUUUGAAUCAAAUCCAGUGAAUGUAGAAUAUGAAAAACUUGUUAAGAUCUUUUCAAAAAGUUUGCCUGUCAAAGAAGCUGUUUUAUCAGUUUCUAAGAAUAUAUUAAUUCGAUUAUCUGAUACAAUGACACGAAAAGAAUUUGAAGCAAUCACAACAAAUGACUCUGAGCUGUUAUCUGCAGCAAGUGGUAUAAUAGGUGUCAUAUUGACUGUAAAAGCAUCUGGUGAACAGUGUAUUGAUGAUGAAGGAAACAGUUAUGACUUUUUGUCUCGUUACUUUGCUCCUUGGUAUGGCGUAUCUGAAGAUCCUGUUUGUGGUUCAGCACAUUCAGUACUUACUCCAUAUUGGGCUAAAAUUUUAAAUAAAGAAAAAUUUUAUGUUCGCCAGUGUUCCCGCCGUGGAGGAGAACUUCACAUUGAGCUUCUAAAGGACAGAAUUCUUCUCAGUGGCAAUGCUGUUGUUGUUGUCAGAGGACAAAUAUCUUUUUAGAAUAUUAUUAAUUAUUGCUGUCCAUCCAGAAAAAAAAAGUAAAUCGAAAUACAUAUAUAUACAAGUAACAUACAACAAUAUAUUAUGUAAAUAAAAAUAUCAAAUGUGUAAGGCCAUGGAAAAAUUCAUAUAAAAAUAUUCUUCAAUUUGAUAUUAAUAUGAAUUUGUGGUGUUUUAGAUUUGUCACAGUUCUCGUAAUAAAUUUUAUAUCGACAGAUUUCAAAUGAUUGUUGUUGCAUGAAUGCUUAUUGUAUUUUAAUGUCACAUUAUUCCCUUUAUUGGCAUGCUCGUAUAUCACAAGUAAAGCAAUACAUUAAAUUACUGCUGUUUGAUAUUGUUAGUGAGGGUAAUGGCUGAGUCACCAUAUCUCUCUCCAAAUAACAAAAUGAUUAUUUAGUUUAUUUGUAGUUCCUUUAUUAAAUAAUGUAUAUUUUUAAUUCCUUGCAAAUUAUUUUUGCUUAUAUUGUGAAGUUGGCUAUAAUACUUUCCAUCCACAUAACACUAGAUCAGAAGUGGUGAACUUUUAAGUAUCAACAUGCCAUUUUUUUCUGAAGAAAUGUUUAAUGAGGUAUAGACAUGCCGUUAAAUAACUUUGACUUGUGAUUAUUGGGAAAAUAAUAAAACUAAAUAAUAAAAACUCAAAAUCUUUAUUUACUGUGAAAAAAUACAUUUUUUAUUGUAUAGUAGCAGUAAAUGUUUUAUUAAUACAUAUAAUUCAAAUAAAAAUAACAUUCGUGUGACUUCUGUUGUUGCAGAUUAAAUGACUAAUAACUUAGAUUAGGAUCGUAAGAGGUUUUUUUUAGCAGAAUGCAUGCUGAAUUGGAGUCAUCUGCCAAACGGUUUUCAAACGAGUCUUUAAUGUUAUUCAUCUCUGGAAAUAAUGACUCACAUUCAUAAGUAGAUGAAAAUAUGGUUAAAAUAGCAUAACCCAGCUUUUUCAACUGUUAAAUGCAUCUGGAAUCAAAUUCCAUGUUUCCAAAUUUUUGU